CUUCUUCUUGGUGCAUUGAUUCCGUCAAAUAUUCUCUUUUUUUUUCAGCAAUUAGAACUAAUCACACCCUUUCAGCUGUAUUUCAACCCUGAAUUAAUAUUUAAGCACUUUCAAGUAUGGAGGUUAAUCACAAACUACUUAUUCUUUGGACCAGUGGGCUUUAAUUUUUUAUUUAACAUGAUCUUUUUAUAUCGUUACUGCCGAAUGCUCGAAGAAGGUUCUUUUCGAGGUCGGACGGCAGAUUUUGUAUUUAUGUUCCUUUUUGGAGGACUUUUAAUGACUCUUUUUGGCCUGUUUGUGAACCUGGUUUUCUUGGGUCAGGCAUUCACAAUAAUGCUCGUGUAUGUAUGGAGCCGCAGGAAUCCCUAUGUCCGUAUGAACUUUUUUGGUCUUCUCAUCUUUCAAGCCCCGUUUCUACCCUGGGUGUUGAUGGGCUUUUCACUGCUUUUGGGGAACUCCAUCAUUGUGGAUCUCCUGGGCAUUGCCGUUGGGCAUAUAUAUUUUUUCUUAGAGGAUGUCUUUCCCAAUCAGCCUGGUGGUGGAAGGCUUCUGAGAACACCAUCUGUCCUGAAAGCAAUAUUUGAUACACCAGAAGAUGAUCCUAAUUACAAUCCCUUGCCAGAAGAACGACCAGGAGGAUUUGCAUGGGGAGAAGGUCAGCGCCUUGGAGGCUAAUAAUUGUCUGUGCCAAAACCCAGCGACAACUGGGAGAGACUGAGCUGAAUGAAGUUCCAUCCUGAGGACUCAUUCCCUGUGCAGAAAGGACACUUUUUGACAGCUCUAUGGUUUUGAAUACAAGCACUUUAUGAAAUGGUGGUCUAAUCCAAAACACUUCCAGACUACCAGUGUCUGUUUUAGCCGGAAUUUGUUGUGCUGGUAAUGAAAAUACUAAUCCAGUGGAGCCAAAAACUUAAAACUGGAAACAAUUUCUUGUCAACUUCAGUUAACAAGACCAUGAGUACUUGUUUUAAAGUGAUUUCUAAAGCAUUUUUUUUCAAGUAUUUGAUACAGGAAACUAUAUGGGAAACUUUACAGGGGACAAAACCAACUUUCGGGGUUUUAACUCAUUUUUUUAUUCUUGGAUAAAACAGCUACAAGAUGGCUGAAAGUGUAAGUCCCUACUUCAAUGGCAAAAGGUUUUUUAAUCUGA